AAAAUAGGACUACGAAUACUUCCUUCACAAGUUUGGAACAGAGGACGAGUUCGCCUACGUCUAUGUUUCAAAACGGACCGGAAACAAUGCCCGUCAAUAUAUCGACGAGGUCAAAUUCAGAUGUCCCAACGUCGGUGACAUCGACAUGCCUUCGCUACUCGAGCAACUAGAGGCCGGACUCAUCGACGUGAACGACCCCGACGCUCCCGAACUAUGCAUCGAGUGCGAGAACGUAGAGACCGGCAGGGCCCUAAUCCACGGCAUACUGGAAGGACGUGUCUCGGCGCAGCUUCGCACGCGCCCAAGACAGGUCAUCGUAGAUAUCGCCAGGCCUCGUCGCAGCCUUACUAUCGAAGAUAUUCUGUCCGCACCGACAUGCAUCAGCCAGAACGACGGGACCAUUUCGCUUACCGCCGCUCAGCGCACACAAUGGGUGCUACGCAAGGACGUCUUCGAGAGGCGUAAAUACUUGUCGAAGCUGGUACGUGCUGCUCGGGCAGCUAGAGUGUUGGCGGCUGCGGGCUCUGGAGCAGUGCCAUGCGCUGUGAAUGAUGCCGAGGACGGCAUGGGAGAGCAGAUCCAGCAGAUCACAGAGGACCAGGACGAGUGGGGAGGCGAAGACGUGUCGAGCGGCGACCCCUGCUAGGAAUAUCAGGGGUAGAGAGAGUCUAUCUGCAUCGUUGACGAAAGGAACACAAAUGUGCACGGCCUGUUGGACAGGGUAUCGGGAGGAGGGGUAGAUGCGGUCGCAAGGCAAGGAUGAUGGGGAAUAGGUGGUGGCGGGAAGAUUGUCGUACAAAUGUUUUGAGACCGUGGUCCAGUAUACGCGACCCCCAGUCCAGACAAUUUUCUCUUCCCCGGAAGGGUUUCUUGUAGCACCUGAUGCAGUUACGUCAUGUACGUAUCAACUUUCGCAAAUGCAGCGAAUCUGCAUCUACUCUGCAAUAAG